GUUGGAGAACUUGUCCUUCUGGUGUGCUCGGCUUUAACAGCAGAAUUCAAGGAUGUUGUCUGUGAACUCAGAUGGCAAGGUUUUGGUCCGAAGAUGUUUCCUAACGCUCAGGCCCUUCCGGAUUUUCGUGCUGGGGAUUGGAUUUUUCACCCUGUGCUUCUUGAUGACCUCGCUGGGCGGCCAGUUUUCAGCCAAACGACUGGCAGACUCUCCAUUUACCAUCCGGACUGAAGUUCUAGGCUUGGGAGAGUCGAGAGGAGCUCUGCGGAGGAUGAAUGACAUAUUGGAAACCCUGGUGAGGAGGAUGGACAUCUUAGCACGACUGGAAAACGCUAGUGAGUCUCGAAGGGCAGAAGAGAGCGGGCACUUCACUUUGGACAGUUUGCAGCCAGGGAGUCUAAUGGAGAAGAUUCAAGCAAUUGCUCAGAAUGUUUCUGACAUUGCAGUCAAAGUGGAUCAGAUCCUGCGGAACAGCCUCCUAAGAGGAAAAGUGCUUGAUGGUCAGAGGGACCUUUGUGACAUCCCAAGAGACCCUAGAUACCCCGACUGCUCUGGGAAAGUGGAGUGGAUGCGAUCCCGGUGGACAUCAGACCCGUGUUAUGCCUUCUAUGGAGUGGAUGGGACAGAGUGCUCCUUCCUAAUGUAUCUUAGUGAGGUGGAAUGGUUCUGCCCAGUGUUGCCCUGGAGGAAUCAAUCUCUUCAUUUAUUUUCUAAGGCCCACCCCAAAAAGCAGGCUGCUUUCCGCACAGAACUGUCGUCUCUUCUAGAUGUAAUGGGAACUGGCAAGGAGUCUCUUGUUUUUAUGAAGAAGAGGCUAAGGAGACUAGAGGCUCAGUGGCUGUUGGCUGCCCGAAGGUUGGAGGCCAAGAUUCAAAGUACACCUAAUGAGCAGAAACAGAUCCUGGUCCAUAUUGGUUUUCUGACAGAGGAGUCUGGUGAUGUGUUCAGUCCUAGGGUGCUGAAAGGUGGACCCCUGGGUGAGAUGGUGCAGUGGGCAGAUAUCCUUGCAGCUCUGUAUGUGUUGGGUCACAGUCUAAAAAUAACAGUGUCUGUGAAAGAGCUCCAGAGUUAUUUAGGUGUCCCCCCAGGAAGAGGAAAUUGCCCGUUAACAGAACCUUUACAUUUCGAUCUUAUCUACACGGACUAUCACGGCAUGCAACAAAUGAAGCAACACAUGGGCCUGUCAUUCAGGAAAUACAGGUGCCGUCUGCGAGUGGUGGACACAUUUGGGACAGAGCCGGCGUAUAACCACGAAGAAUAUGCCACGCUCCAUGGCUACCGCACAAACUGGGGCUACUGGAACCUGCAUCCCAAACAGUUCAUGACAAUGUUCCCUCACACUCCAGAUAAUUCCUUUAUGGGAUUUGUGACGGAUGAACUCAAUGAAACAGAGCGCCAACAAGUAGCUCUUAACAAGGUCAGGAAUAUGGCUGUUGUAUAUGGAAAGGAAGCAGCUAUGUGGAAGUUGCAGGGUAAGGAAAAGUUUCUGUCCGUUCUACACAACUACAUGGAAGUGCAUGGGACGGUUUAUUUCGAGACCCAGAGGCCCCCUGAGGUUCCUGCGUUUGUCAAAAAUCAUGGACUGCUGCCCCAACAGGACCUACAGCAUCUGCUCAAGAAGGCCAAGCUCUUUAUAGGUUUUGGCUUCCCAUAUGAAGGUCCUGCACCUUUGGAAGCAGUUGCCAAUGGCUGUGUAUUCCUGCAACCACGCUUCAGUCCCCCUCACAGCUCUCUUAAUCAUGAAUUCUUUCGUGGGAAGCCAACCUCCAGAGAGGUGUCAUCACAGCACCCCUACAUGGAAAUGACCAUUGGACGGCCACAUGUCAUAACAGUGGACUUCAACAACACACAAGAGUUUGAAGCAGCCGUCAAGUCUAUAAUGAGAAGCAAGGUUGAUCCAUACUUGCCUUAUGAGUUUACAAAUGAAGGUAUGCUCCAGAGGCUCCAUGCUUAUAUCCAGCACCAGGAAUUUUGCUCCCCUCCUUUGCCCUUUCCCAUUCCUGUUAAUACCUCCCAGCCCCCUCUUACCUCCUCUUUGGUUCUCAUUAAUCAUACACAUCUGGUUUGGCCAUCCAAUGAACCUGCUCCGUCCACCUGGCCCCCAGUCUCUGCCAUGCAGGUCUGGCUGUCCGCAGAAGGAGAAUCCUGCACAAGUGCAUGCUGGAAGCAUAAUUUGGUUUGUGAACCCACAUACUUCAGUUUAAUCAAUCAUCGGCGGUUUCUUGAGCAGCUUGGAGCUCUUUGUGAAAGUACCGAAUCUGUAAUGAGCCACUUGUAUCCUGCAGUGUCACUCCAAGUCCGUGAAUGUUACUUGCAGAGGGAGCCACUGCUCUUUAGCUGCUCAGGACAAAACACGAAAUUUCGCAGGCUAUGUCCGUGUAGAGACUACCAUCGAGGACAGGUGGCCUUGUGCAAAGACUGCUCUUGAAACUACAGCCCAUUAGCCGAAGUGUCACAGCCACAUGUACAGGUCCCAAGCCUGUAAUUCAAUUUAGAGGCUUGGAUCUCUGUCCUGGGUUUUAUGCUGCAGCAUAAAGCAAUAUUGUGUAAUAUAUACAUCUGCACAGAACAUUGUGUAAGAAUCUUUGAAGCCAAGUGAAGAUCUCCAUGCUGUGCUAUGGUGUUCGGCCCUUCCAUUGAGCAGGGGGUGAUCAGUACUUUUUAUGAAAAAAGCACAAUGAAGAUAUCCAAGAACAAAAACACAUCAGAAGACUUUUGCUGGUUGCCCAUAUACACGGGAUUAACAUACUUCAAAGGGAAGGGCACAUUCUAACUGCAGUCUCUUGAGAUGCUUAACUACUGCUGUCUAUUGUUUUGCCUCUAGUGGCUCCUUGGAGUGAAACUGCCAUUCCUACAAUUGUUGUGACAUUCAUUUUUUUUUUACAGAAAUAUAGUUACAAUAAAAAAGGGUUGACAUAAUUAUUAAAUAAAACCAAGUGGACCAAAUGUGCAGUAUAUGAAGGUAACCAAUUUGCUGCCUUGAAGCCGUAAAUUGUGUUUGUGGGAAAUAUAUGCACUUUCCUGACAAGCUGACACUCCAGAUAAGCAUGGAGGGUUAAAAAGAAGCGUGCGGAGCAAUAGACGUCUUUUCUUUACUUAUGUUAAUAAAGAUUUAAAUGGAAA